AUGCCAAGUAUUGAGGAGCACGAAGAUAUGUCAAAUGAUGUAGAAGAAAUGAAUGAUGAUUAUACUGAAUGUUAUUCAAAGAAUCCAUGUAGUUCACGAGAUAAUAAAAAAAAAGAGAAUAGAAAAAAGAAUUCAAUUAUAGUUCAAAAUGUAAAUACUGACGACACUAAUUAUCUACACACCGAGAAGUCAGCAUCCUCUAUAGAAUUGAACAAUAACCAGGAUGUAGAGAAAGACAAUUUAAAUAAAUUUAAAGAUUUUUUCAGGAAGCUGAAAGAAAUUAUUCUAUCGAAGAGAGACUUUAAAGAAAAGAUAUGUGAUGCAUUCUACUUAGUGAUAGAAGAAAUUUGUAUCUCAUUUCCAUCGUUGAGAAAAGUAGAUAUAGCUAUGAAUUUAGAUUGGACAACUAUUAAUGAAAAUUUAGGCAGCGAUCAUUUAAUGUUAAAGUAUACUCUCCGUUAUAAAGAUAAGUUAUCGUUUACUAAAAAAAGGAACUAUAAAAAUGCUAAUUGGAUAGAAUACAAAAAUAUAUUAGAAAAAGAAUUUAAUGAAUUUGAUUUUGAAACAAAUGAUGAUAAGUUCAUUCAGCGAAUAAAUUUAGCUGCGGAUAAAGCAAUACCAUAUAUUAAGUACUGUAAUAAUUUAGAUCGAAAAUUUGUUCCCAAACCUUUUUGGAAUCAAACAUUAUCUAAAAUAGUUGCUGAGAGGAGGUUAGCACUUAAAAAUCUUAGAAGAAAUCCAACCCCUCAUAAUCUAGAUAUAUUAGAGCAAAAAGUAACUGAGGCCCGAAUGUUAAUAGUUAAAGUUGAGUCUGAGAGUUGGCAUUCUUUUUGUAGUGAUAUCGAUGAAAAUACAACUGUAAUGGAUAUGUGGCGUAAGAUGCAAUGGAUGAAAGGCUUGAGAAGGGCUAAAAUUUGUACAUCAGAUGAGAGAAAACAGAAAUUAUUAGAGUCAUUGGCUCCCGACUUUGUAUCGCCUAACAUACCAUUAUUAAGAUCAAAAAAUGAAGCAUUAGAAUCUCCAUUUACGUACUCCGAAUUGGACAAUACUUUAAAACAAAAAAAUAGUUCUCCUGGAGAUGACAAUAUCUCUUACUCGAUAAUGUUUUUU